AUGUCUAUAUUUCCCUACAUUUACUUCAUGAUUGAGGACUUCCAUGUUACUCAAGACAAGACCAAGAUCUCCUUCUACGCGGGAAUGGUCACUUCAGCUUUCACUUUCGCGGAAUUUUCGACUGGAUUGUUGUGGGGACGACUGAGCGAUAAGAUUGGCAGGAAGCCUGUAUUGUUGACAGGCUUGGCUGGCACCGGCAUUAGUGUUUUGAUUUUUGGUUUCGCUCCCAAUGUUGGUGUUGCUCUCUUUGCAAGAGCGCUUGGAGGUCUCUUGAACGGGAACAUCGGCGUCUUGCAGACAACCGUUGCCGAGCUUAUCACUGUCAAGGAGCACCAGCCUCGUGCUUACACAAUCAUGCCCCUGGUAUGGUGCCUUGGAUCGAUCAUUGGUCCAAUGAUUGGCGGCGCCCUUGCAAGACCAUGUCUGCUCUAUCCAGAUUUCUUCUCGCCGGGCAGCAUAUGGGAGCGAUACCCCUAUCUCCUCCCCAAUUUGUUCAGCGCUGUGGCCGUAUCAUGCGGUGUUAUCAUCGGUCUUCUGUUCCUGGAGGAGACGCACCCUGAGAAGAAGUUUCGUCGGGACCGGGGAGUUGAAUUGGGCAAUUAUCUUGUCAGUUUGUUCAGCCGCAAGUCUGCUCAUGAGAAGCUAGACGACAUGGAAACUGCAUCUCUCCUCAGUCAGGAUGAUCAACUUCCGAGCUAUCGCACCCGAGAAAACUCACCGCAACUUGCCUGUACUGUUGCUCCUGAUGUUGAAGCACAGCCUCUGCUUGAUGCUGAGCAGCAUGCAACUGGAUACCAGGCUACGGAGACCGAGUCCUCCCACAUCACAUAUUCGCGUUCAGCAACAGUCAUUGAGACUGAGAAGGAACAGAAGAUCUUCACACGCCCGGUCGUGUUUAAUAUCAUUUCAUAUGGCAUACUGGCUUUGUAA